AUGUAUUUCUGUACACAUUGGCCAAGCCGGAGUCCAGAUUGGUAAUGCCUGUUGUGAAUUGUACUGUUUGGAACAUGGAAUUGCUCCAGAUGGUCAAAUGACAUCUGACAAUAUCAUUGCAGGCAGAGAUGACAGCUUCAAUACCUUCUUCAGUGAAACAAGCUCAGGCAAACAUGCGCCAAGAGCUGUGUUUGUUGAUCUUGAACCUACUGUUAUUGAUGAGGUAAGAACUGGGACAUACCGUCAAUUGUACCACCCUGAACAAUUAAUAACUGGUAAGGAAGAUGCUGCCAACAAUUAUGCACGUGGAUACUACAUUAUAGGAAAGGAAAUUGUUAAUAUUGUUUUGGAUAGAAUCAGAAAAUUGUCUGACCAGUGUACUAGUAUUCAAGGUUUCUUAAUCUUCUGUUCUUUUGGAGGUGGUACUGGAUCUGGAUCUGGCUUCACAUCUUUGUUAAUGGAUAGGCUCAGCUUAGAGUACGGAAAAAAGACUAAAUUAGAAUUUGCCAUUUACCCAUCCCCUCGAGUUUCCACCGCUGUAGUUGAGCCGUACAACUCCAUCCUAACUACACAUGCAACUAUUGAAUACAGUGACUGUACAUUCAUGGUCGAUAAUGAAGCCAUCUAUGAAAUUUGCCGUCGUAAUCUUGAUAUUGAACGUCCAACUUAUUUAAACUUAAUCGCCUUAUAAUAAUGUCGACUUAACAGAACUCCAAACCAACUUAGUGCCAUACCCACGGAUCCACUUCCCGUUGGUCAGCUAUUCCCCAAUCAUAUCCGCUGAAAAGGCUUACCAUGAA